AUGAAGCCUGCGCAGGCGUCUCGGAAGCUCCCCAAGCGCAAAGCGAAACAGGAAGGUCUCAAGAAGAUGAGCGAACAGCUAAACGGUGACGUAGAAGAUUUCGAGCUCGCUGAAGAAGCCGAGCCGUCGCCAUCACCGCCGCCGCUGCGCGUUGCUCCUCCCGCGCGUAAGCUCAAGUUCACGCCGAAAGCUGUAAGUCCAUCGAUCGACUCUGAGGAGGAAACAGAAGCUGAUGACGACAAUCUGGACCAAGACUGGACGUAUGACGACAUUCCUGCCCUUAUGAAAAUGAUCAGAGCGAAGGGGACAUCGAAAAAGCAGCGAGAAGAGUUGCAGCGCGUCGUCGUCAGCUUGAAAAGCGCCGUUCCGCCGGGGAAGUCCUUGUUCAAGACUCCGGCGGCGACGCUCGUGGUGCCGAAGACUGGACCGCGACCGGGCAUACUUAAGUCUCCCGAUGCCAAGCGGCUCAAGACUGGUUAUUACGACACCGCGCCGGAUUGGAAGAACAGAUUUGCGCCGAGUCGAGAGGUGAAAAAGGCCGUCACCACGACGGCAACGACCGACCUCAACUUUGAUGAUGACGACGACGACAGCGGUGGUGGUGCAUUAACCCCGCUCUCGAACUUUCUCGACAUGUCCGAUGACGUCUCACCGCUCUUGAGCGAGCAAAAAGCGAAGAAGAAGUCCGAAAAGCCUAGGGCCGUCUCGGGUGUUGGCAACCUUGCCGCCAUGGGUGACGACAUGGCUGGCUUUCAGCAGAUGAUGCACUCGUUGGCCGAGAGAAACCGUCGAAUUGCGCGCGAGCGCAUCGAAUCACUCGUGAAUGAAUUUAAGCUCGAGUCCGAGGCCGCCGCUCGCAAGCUCACGCAGCAAAUCGAGCAGGAUUACGACUCGUUUGCGCGCGCCGCCUCGCGCCAAGCCGACGAGCGCGCGCGCGAGGCCAAAGCCGUCGCCUCCAAGGUCACCGCCCUCACCGCCGACUUCAAAUCCGCCCUCCGAGCGUGCUACGAAGAAUUCAACGCCAAUAAGCGCGCCGCCGUCGCCGACGCCACUCGCGUCGCCGACGAGCUCGCCUCGCUCGACGCCAAGCGCUCCGCCGACGUCGCCAAGUUUGCCGCCAAGUCCGACGCCAAGCGCGCGCGCGGUCGUCGCCGACAUCGCCACCGCCGCGAGAGGCGCGAUGAAGAACGACAGCGGUCAAGUCCAUGCUCCUCGAGCUCGCUCGCGAGCUCUGAUCGUCCACACGCACCGCGCGCGCGACCGCGUUCGCCCGCGCGCUUGAAACGCAAAAAUCUGAUCUGCAUCUCCCUCUUAUCGUCGACGUCAUCCGAGGUUUCGAGCAUACUUUUCUGA